CUAGAGUCAAGAGAUAUAUAUUCAGACCUACUCUACGAGCCUGGAUCUAGACUAAAUCUAUUCAAAAGUAAUAUGUUGACUCCAAAGUUUUCUUUGUCACAGGAUUCCGAUCAUGUUUUUGUCACUAUCUAUAUUCCUUAUAUUAAAAUAACCGAAGCUGAUUGCUUCAUCGAUGAUGAUGAAUUUUAUUUUCAUUCUGAACCUUAUUACCUUCGAUUGCAUUUACCUGGAAAAAUUAAAGAAAACCAACAUUCGCAAUAUGAUUUUGAUACGCACAACCUAACGGUUAGUCUAACAAAACAGACAAAAGGCGAGUGUUUUGAAGGACUGGAUUUGCUAACAAAAUUGCUUACUCCUAAAGUUGAGAAAUUCAAACAUAAAGAAAUUGAAGUCAUUGUCGAUAACACUACUGGUGAUCAAGACAAGAGUGAAGAAGGUCCAGAAUGUGAGGAGGAUGAUUGGUUUUUUGAACAAGUACCAUGCACUGAUUUACAACCCAAUGCAGAGUUUGUAAGCAAACCAAGUUAUGGUUUUGCAAAUAGAAAAAGUAGCUGCUUAAAUAAUUUGACCUCAGAAUUCACAGAAAUAAUAGAUCUCAAAGAUCCUGAUAAUACAUUGCAAAUUAAUAGAAGACUUCUCCGUGAAAAGCAAGAAGAAGCACAUUUUAAUUGCGAACAUUAUCUAGCAGAUUUCUUUGAAGAUGAUGCUAUUCAGGAAUUAGUUUUUCCAGAUUAUGGAGAACUGACUGGUGAAGUUGGUACAGAUGUUAUUUUUACUGAAAAAGAAAGGGAAAAGCUUCUGCAGUUGCCUCGCAGAGAAUACAUAAUUGAUGAACAAAACAUUGAACCUACUUAUUUAGGGUUGGUAGAUUUAAUGUUAGCUUAUGCUUACAACUAUCGUUUUACACAAGGUGAAAGUAAUGUUGAAUCUGAGUGGACUAUUUGCAAACUAAGUUCGACAUUAUGCUGGUUGGAUACCUUCCAGAACAUCAAGGAAGUUGUUGUUAGUUUUGCUAGGAGAUCUUUGACAUAUCCACUGUAUCGCAACUGGAAACUUUUUCUUAAAGUGUUUUCUGAUGUGAAAAUUAUAUUUCAAGUUGGAAAAAAUCAAAUUUUAAAGUGUUUGCUAGCAAUUCAUGGAAUUCUUUCAGAGAGUGAAAUUCGUUAUCCACUCAAUGAUUUGUAUAUUACAGACUACUGUGUAUGGGUUCAGAGUGCAGACCCAGUGUAUCUUGGAAAAGUGUCUCAGGCAUUAUUAAACUUGAAUAUUUCAAAAUCAGAUUUAGGUCUAAAAUUAGUUGAAAUGGAGACAGAUGCAAAACUGUUAUUGGAUGACAUUCAUAAUGAAACAGAGAAGGAGACUGACUUGGAGGAACUUUCUCAUAUUCUUGCUAACAGAGUGAAAAUCACAGAUGCACUUCAUUCAGAUAGUGAUGAUGAUGCUAGUAGUAACACUAGUGAUAGUGAAAGUAGUGAUGAUGAUGAAACAGUUUCUACAGAUGCUUCAGAAAGCAGCAGUACGGAGGACAAAGAUACAAAUCCCUAAAUUAAUAUUAAUAUCCAGAAAUUUUAAACACUGUGAAAUGAAAAUUUCAUAGCUACUGCUGGCAUUUGGUCAUCAUUAGGUUUGGGUUAGUCCAGGCCCAUGAAGCUUUUUUUUUAAGUGUUAUCAAAAUAUAUUUGCAUGUGCAGGCCAGAGCUUGUAUGUAAUCAAUGCCCUGGCAGGGCUGGUGAGAAAAGGGCUAAUACAUAAGUGAAUGCCUUUUUAUAACCUAAUUUUGUACAUCAGAGGGCAAUGUAGCUUAGAGAAACAGGGAUGAGUCAAAACAUUACCACUGGUCCCACUAGGGAAAUUUCAUGGAAAAGUAGGAAAGAGAAAAAGGAAUGUAAUUAGGUAAUUAUUUAGGUAGGCUAAAUAAAAAUGUUUGAAUAUUAUAUCAUGAUGCUCCAUGUGGCCUAUGCCAAUUGUUCCUUUGGUUAUGGUAUGUAAUACCAACGCUUCUACUUCUAGUGGCUAUAUUAUUCAUGUUAAAAAAGUAAACAUAAUUUUGUCAAUUCUACCAUGAAUUGGAAAUUAAAUAUUUUUUUUUAAUUGAUUCAUGGAAAUAUAAUUCAUGUUCAGAUGCUAGAUCAACUCAUGCCAAUUUCUUUGAUCUUUAAAUAUAUAUUAAGCCUAAUAAAAAAUAAAUUGCUUAA